AUCGCCCCCUCUUCUCCCAGGGGGGUGAGGCGCGCAGGAGGGAGGGGACGAGGGAAUAUGGCGGCGGCGCUGUGACGGACACACUGGGCCAGGCACGGCGGGCAGAGAGGGCGGAGACACCGGGAGUGAGCGGAGAGCAGCGGCCGGGAUAGUAAGGACAGGCCCGGACUCAUCCUCCCGCCAUCACAGCACAGCGAGCCCCGGGCUCUGGCCCGUCAUCACCUCCACCGGGUGACGAGCGGGAAGCGGCGACACACCGGGGACCUGAGGCCUGCAGCCGGGAGGGCAGGAAACCAUCGGUCCCGGGGUCGGUCUGAGAAGGAAGCCGCUACGGGUGUCAGGAGAGUCCGGGGAUCGGGCCUGGCGGGGGUGAGAAGAAGCCCAAGACCCCGAGCAGCGCGACCGAUACGCCGGGCUGUGGCCUUCAGGAAAGCCCGGGGACUGAGGCCUCCCUUCCGGUCUGCGGCUUGUAGGAAAGCCCGGGGAUCGGGCCCUGCUGACCGGGGGGCGGGAGUCACGACAGCCCGGGGACCGGGCCUCCCGGAGCACACGGCCGCCAGUAUGACGGACACCCGGCGGAGGGUGAAGGUCUACACCCUCAACGAGGACCGGCAGUGGGACGACCGGGGCACCGGCCAUGUGUCCUCCGGCUACGUGGACCGGCUGAAGGGCAUGUCCCUGCUGGUGCGGGCCGAGAGCGACGGCUCAUUGCUUUUGGAAUCGAAAAUUAACCCGAACACGGCCUACCAGAAGCAGCAGGACACGUUGAUCGUUUGGUCAGAGGCUGAAAAUUAUGACUUGGCUCUUAGUUUUCAGGAAAAAGCUGGAUGUGAUGAGAUUUGGGAAAAAAUAUGUCAGGUACAAGGAAAAGACCCUUCUGUGGACAUCACUCAGGAUCUGGUUGAUGAAUCGGAAGAAGAGCGUUUCGAGGACAUGUCCUCUCCAGGCUUGGAAUUGCCAUCCUGUGAACUUAGUCGGUUAGAGGAAAUUGCCGAAGUAGUGGCCUCGUCUUUGCCCUCUCCGCUUCGCCGCGAAAAAUUGGCUCUGUCCUUAGAGAACGAGGGGUACAUUAAAAAACUCCUGGAACUUUUCCACGUGUGUGAAGACCUGGAGAACAUUGAAGGAUUACACCACUUGUAUGAAAUAGUUAAGGGCAUCUUCCUCUUAAACCGAACUGCACUCUUUGAAGUCAUGUUUUCUGAAGAUUGCAUUAUGGACAUCAUUGGCUGCCUGGAGUACGACCCCUCUUUAUCUGUACAGCGCAAACACAGGGAAUUUCUAACAAAAACUGCUAAGUUUAAAGAGGUCAUCCCCAUAUCGGACCCAGAACUGAAACAGAAAAUCCACCAGACGUACAGAGUGCAGUACAUACAAGAUGUGGUAUUGCCCACCCCCUCUGUCUUUGAAGAAAACAUGUUGUCUACUCUCCACUCCUUCAUAUUUUUUAACAAAGUGGAGAUAGUUGGGAUGUUACAGGAGGAUGAGAAAUUUCUGACCGAACUAUUUGCGCACCUCACAGAUGAAGCCACAGAUGAUGAGAAGCGUCAGGAGCUGGUGAACUUCCUGAAAGAGUUUUGCGCUUUCUCUCAAACAUUACAACCUCAGAACAGAGAUGCUUUCUUCAAGACCUUAUCUAACAUGGGCAUCCUGCCUGCCCUGGAAGUCAUUCUGGGUAUGGAUGAUACACAAGUCCGUAGUGCGGCCACCGAUAUCUUUUCCUACCUUGUGGAGUACAACCCAUCCAUGGUGCGGGAGUUUGUAAUGCAGGAGUCGCAGCAGAACGAUGAUGACAUCUUGCUGAUUAACCUCAUCAUCGAGCAUAUGAUUUGUGACACUGAUCCAGAGCUGGGGGGAGCGGUGCAGCUGACAGGACUGCUGAGGACAUUGGUAGAUCCAGAUAACAUGCUGGCCACCACCAGUAAAACAGAGAAGACUGAAUUCUUAGGCUUCUUCUACAAGCAUUGCAUGCACGUCCUCACUGCUCCAUUACUGGCUAACACUACAGAGGAGAAACCCAGUAAAGAUGAUUUCCAGACGGCUCAGUUGUUGGCACUGAUCUUGGAGCUGUUGACGUUUUGCGUCGAACAUCACACCUAUCACAUCAAGAACUACAUCAUCAACAAGGACAUCCUGCGCAGAGUGCUGGUACUUAUGUCCUCGGUGCACUCUUUCCUGGCCCUGUGCUCCUUGCGGUUCAUGCGGAAAAUAGUCGGUUUGAAGGAUGAAUUCUACAACAGAUAUAUAGUGAAAAGCUUCCUGUUUGAGCCUGUGGUUAAAGCAUUUCUCAAUAAUGGUUCUCGGUAUAACCUCCUUAACUCUGCCAUCAUUGAGAUUUUCGAAUAUGUACGAGUGGAGGAUAUCAAGUCAUUGACAGCUCAUGUCAUUGAGAAUUACUGGAAAGCGCUAGAAGAUGUGGAAUAUGUACAGACAUUCAAAGGACUUAAACUGCGAUAUGAUCAGCAACGUGAAAGGCAAGACAACCCCAAACUUGACAGCAUGCGGUCCAUCCUCAGGAAUCACCGGUACCGGAGAGAUGCUCGCUCUAUAGAGGACGAGGAGGAGAUGUGGUUUAACACUGAUGAGGAUGACCUGGAGGACGGGGAUCCCAUGGUGCUACCUUCAGACAAAAUAAAGAACAUUGACGAUCUGAAUGAUCCCAUCAGCAAGUUCAUGGAGAGAAAGAAAUUGAAGGAAAGCGAAGAGAAAGAGGUUCUCCUGAAGACCAGUCUCACUGGCCGCCAGAGUUCGAGUUUUAAACUUUCUUUUUCUGGAGGAACCAAGACGAACCUCACCAGCCAAUCCACAGCGAGCAGCCUACCGGGUUCACCUAGUCCUCCUGGGUCCCCUGGUUCUCCUGGGUCCCCUGGAUCAGUUUCUAAAAGCACACCCCAGACGGCAGCUAUUACUACAAAGGGAGGCCUUGUGGGACUAGUAGACUAUCCAGAUGACGAUGAGGACGACGAUACUGAAGAUGAGGAGGAGAAGGAAGAAACUCUGCCACUCAGCAAGAAAGCAAGGCUUGGCUCUUAAUACCAGCAAAUUGUUUGGACAAAUCCCAUCAAACAACUGAAUCUCCCCAAAAAAACAGAAAAAUCCACCGCAGGCGGGCACCCCGCGCUGUGAGCGAGUCUGACACAAACCAACAUGUAGAUAUCAGCUCAUAAGUGCCAAUCCCCAGGAGCACGAGGGAGGGAAGACAUGACAUUUGGAAAGGACUUAGACGCCUUGUACUCUCCUGCAGACCACACUUUGCCCUUUUCUCAGGGAAGGAAAUAAAAGUCAAAUAAAAUAAAAAAAUAAUUAAAACAAAAGCCAACAGGGCAGGAGUUUCUUGUUGAACUCUCGAUUGGCUGGUCAGAUGCUCCAAAGCUUAAAGCAAGAAGAGGAGAGAGGCUCUGAGAUGGCGCCGAUAGGAAAGUCUGCAGCUAUAUAUACAAUGGAUGCCAGCACUUCUGAUGGGUGGAACCUUUCUGCCUAUAUAGGAUUCACACAUCCUAAAUUAUUUCUUUUGUCAUUACAUUUGCCACAACAGGUUUUAAAAGAAACCCUUGGUGGGGUGAGCCGAUUACAACAGAUUAUUAUUAUAAUUUUUUUUUUUUUUCCUAAAAAAAUUUUUUUUUUUUCUUCCCCCUCAACUUGUACACCCUUAAACUGCAGCUUUCUUUUGAAGGUUUAGGGGAAGAUCUCAACCCUAACUUUAUUAAAAGAUGAAAAGAAAAAAAAAUUUGAGUGGAAUUCUAGACGUGGUCACUUCUUGUCAUGAUUUGUAUCAUUUUAUAUUCCUUUUUUUUUCCCACCCUGGGUGUAUGCUGAGUUGUUGAAUCUGUUUGGGACCAUUAAAUUUUUUUUUCAAGU